GCUGUAGAGCUGCCCGCGACAGGUGCGAACUCAAGGGAUCCACUGCGCCGUCUGGUCCUCCCCAUCGGGGUGUCGCACCCGAGCCAGGCCAGCUACCGGUGGAUGCGCAUCUGCUGAAAGUCCGAGAUGGCCGUACGUCCCGGGCCACUCUGGCUAUUGGGCCUGGCUCUGUGCGCGCUGGGAGGAGGCCACGGUCCGCGUCCCCCGCACACCUGUCCCCAGCGUCGCCUGGGAGCGCGCGAGCGCCGCGACAUGCAGCGCGAAAUCCUGGCGGUGCUCGGGCUGCCCGGGAGACCCCGACCCCGUGCGCCACCCGCCGCUGCUCGGCAGCCAGCAUCCGCGCCCCUCUUCAUGUUGGACCUGUAUCACGCCAUGACCGAUGACGACGACGGCGGGCCACCGCAGGCUCACUUGGGCCGUGCCGACCUGGUCAUGAGCUUCGUCAACAUGGUGGAGCGCAACCGUACCCUGGGCUACCAGGAGCCACACUGGAAGGAAUUCCACUUUGACCUAACCCAGAUCCCCGCUGGUGAGGCUGUCACAGCCGCUGAGUUCCGGAUAUACAAAGAGCCCAGCACCCACCCGCCCAACACAACCCUCCACAUCAGCAUGUUUGAAGUGGUCCAGGAGCGCUCCAACAGGGAGUCUGACUUGUUCUUUUUGGAUCUUCAGACGCUCCCGGUCUGGGGACGAGGCUGGCUGGCUGACAUCACAGCAGCCAGUGCAUGGCUGCUGAACCAUAACAAGGACCUGGGACUCCACCUCUAUGUGGAAACCGAGGAUGGGCACAGCCUGGAUCCUGGCCUGGCUGGUCUGCUUGGACAAACAGCACCACGCUCCAGACAGCCUUUCAUGGUCACUUUCUUCAGAGCCAGCUCGAGUCCUGUGCGGACCCCUCGGGCAGUGAGACCGCUGAAGAGGAGGCAGCCAAAGAAAACAAACGAGCUUCCACAUCCCAACAAGCUCCCAGGGAUCUUUGAUGAUGGCCACGGUUCCCGCGGCAGAGAGGUUUGCCGCAGACACGAGCUCUACGUCAGCUUCCGUGACCUCGGCUGGCUGGACUGGGUCAUUGCCCCCCAGGGCUACUCCGCCUAUUACUGUGAGGGAGAGUGUGCCUUCCCACUGGACUCCUGUAUGAAUGCCACCAACCACGCCAUCUUGCAGUCUCUGGUGCACCUGAUGAAACCAGAUGUCGUCCCCAAGGCAUGCUGUGCUCCCACCAAACUGAGUGCCACCUCUGUGCUCUACUAUGACAGCAGCAACAACGUCAUCCUGCGGAAGCACCGCAACAUGGUGGUCAAGGCCUGCGGCUGCCACUGAGGCCGUGCCCGGCAUCCUGCUUCUACGACGGGACCAUCUGGUCAGGCCCCUCUCCAGAGGCAGGAAACCCUCUUAUGUUAUCAUAGCUCAGACAGGGACAACGGGAGGCCCUCACUUCCCCUGGCCACUUCCUGCUAAAUUUUUGGUCCUUUCCCAGCCCCCCUGUCCUCUUCAUGGGGUUUGUGGGCUAUCGCCCUCCCCUCUCCAUCCCCCUACCCCAAGCAUAGACCGAAUGCACACAGAAUCCCAGAGCCGUGCUGACUGAGAGGUCUGGGGUCGACAUGAGGAAGACUCGUCCUUGGCCAUCCUCAGUCCACAGUUGCAAACUCUGGACGGUCUGAGAAGGCUCUGGGAUUUGAAACUGGCUGAUCCGGGCUCUGCACCAUUCAUUAUGGUGGUCAGGGCAUUUGUAGGUAUAACGGACACACACUUACAUCCGUGUAUUGCUGUACUCCGUGAAAUCAGAGCGAUCCUGUUAGAAAAAGAAUCAGAGCCAGGUAUAACGGUGCAUGACAUUAAUCCCAGCACUAGAGAGAUGGAGAUAGGAGGAUCUCCGUGAGUUCAAGGCCACAUAGGAAGAUCUUGUCUCAGGGGAGAAAAAAGGAAGAAAAGGAAAGAAUAACCGUCUGGCUGGUUUACAGUAACGGUGAGAGGGAUAUUUCAUGACGUGUCCUGGGCCUG